AUGUCUCCUCUCUGCCCCCAUCAGCUCAGGAACCUGCAUCAUCUCUUUGCUCUGUUCCGUGGAUCAAUGGAGGUUCUGUUUCCUGCCAGACUCAAGGUUCUGCUACUGGUUCUGAUGUUCCAGGCACUUAUUUCUGCAGCUGAAAUGCCCAGUCCCAGCUCUGGGUGCCGGCUGAGCAGUAACAUCAGGAUGAACUACUUUAGUGAUGGGGACUUGAUCGUUGGUGGAAUUCUCCAGAUACAUGAUGUGUUCCUUCAUUUUCAUUGGGAUACACAGUGCACACUAAUCUCAUUCAGACACUAUCGCCACCUACUGGUUCUCAUUUAUACGAUUGAGGAGGUCAAUAAGGAUCCGGAGAUACUGCCUAAUGUGACUUUGGGCUAUCGGAUCUAUGACUCCUGUGGCUCAGGAAUGAAGUCUAUUCCUAAUCCCUGUCAGGAGUGCCCACCACCGCUCCUGUCUUCUCUGGUACAUAAUCCAAAAUGGUGUCACCCAUGGCCACCACAUGACCAUGCCAGUACUGCAUCCCACGUGGUGGCCGUGGGCACCACCAUUUUGAAUUCUGCACCAGAGAAGACAGGAGUGCCAGUGGACGAUCCUGACAGGGACCCCCUUCUGUUUGCCCAUUCUCGCUGUAGCGAGCCCUGUAAGCCUGGAUUCAGGAAAGCUAAAGUAGAAGGGGCGCCAAGUUGCUGUUAUACCUGUGUACUGUGUGCCGAUGGGGAAAUGUCUAACAUAACAGAUGCCCAGAGUUGUACAAAAUGCUCUAAAUAUGAAAAGUCAAACAGUGGAAGAACCAGCUGCAUCCCGAGGGAUAUAAAUUACCUUUCCUAUGAUGACCAUUUGGGUUCUACUUUAUCCUCCAUCUCUGUAACAUUCUCCAUCUCUUGUGCUGUAAUCCUGGGAAUCUUUAUAAAGUACCGCGAGACUCCUAUAGUGAGAGCCAACAACCGAUAUCUCAGCUGUCUCCUCCUCAUCUCUCUCAUGUUGUGUUUCCUCUGCACUUUAUUAUUCAUUGGGCGCCCAACUCAGAUAUGUUGUCUCCUCCGACAAGUAACAUUUGGGAUUGUAUUUACUAUUUCUGUUUCUUCUGUGUUGGCUAAAACUCUCACAGUUAUUAUUGCCUUCAAUGCCACAAAGCCUGGGAGCAAGCUGAAGAAGUAUGUAGGAACCCAACUGGCUACCAUAUUAGUCAUUGUAUGUUCUUUGGGUGAGAUUGUUGUCUCUGCUGUAUGGAUGGCCUCCAACCCCCCAUUUCCAGAGGCUGAUACUCUCUCUGACCCAGACUAUAUUAUUCUCCUGUGCAAUGAAGGGUCAGGCUUUUUCUUCUUCUGUAUAAUUGGAUAUAUGGGAACGUUGGCCCUACUAAGUUUCAUUGCUGCAUUUCUAGCCAAGGAUUUCCCUGACCGAUUUAAUGAGGCUAAAAACAUCACUUUCAGUAUGUUGGGGUUCUGUAGCGUGUGGGGGGCAUUUGUCCCUGCAUACCUGAGCAGUAAGGGCAGUAGAAUGGUGGCAGUUGAGAUAUUUGCCAUCUUAUCCUCCAGUGCUGGGUUAUUGGGCUGUAUAUUCAUUCCCAAGUGCUAUAUUAUUUUCCUAUGGCCUGAGCUGAACACAAGAGUCACAGUUAUCAGAACAUAUUAA